AUGACCGACUACUGCCCCGUCUACGCGCCCUUCUUCGGUGCCAUGGGCUGCACCGCGGCUAUCGUCUUCACCUGCUUGGGCGCUUCCUACGGCACGGCCAAGUCUGGUGUCGGUAUCGCCGCCAUGGGUGUCCUGCGCCCUGAUCUCAUCGUCAAGAACAUCGUCCCUGUCAUUAUGGCGGGUAUCAUUGGUAUCUACGGCCUGGUCGUGUCGGUCUUGAUCUCGGACGGUCUCACACAAGACGGCUACGCGCUCUACACCGGUUUCAUCCAGCUCGGCGCCGGUCUCGCCGUCGGUCUCGCGGGUAUGGCGGCCGGUUUCGCAAUCGGCAUUGUUGGCGAUGCUGGUGUCCGCGGCACGGCGCAGCAGCCAAGGCUGUUCGUCGGCAUGAUCCUGAUCCUCAUUUUCGCUGAAGUCUUGGGUCUCUACGGUUUGAUUGUUGCGCUGCUCAUGAACUCCAAGGCUACGCUCAACAUCACCUGCCAAUAA